AGCGCCUACACCCAUAACCACUGAGCUGACCGAUCACAACAAUGGCUGCUCCAAUGUCCACAAAAUCUUUAAUGGCCAAGCAGAAUGUUCUUGAAGAGAGCUCAGAGGAAAAAGGCAAAAAGAAGAAGGCAAAGAAAAACAAGGAUCAGGCAUGGGCUAAAGAGGGGCCACGUGACCCCUUUGAAAUGCUUGACUCUCUACCCGAGGAGAAGCAACAGGAAAUUCAGAAAGCACUGCACCUGUUUUCUUUAGGUCAGGGGCUUCCAAAGAACCUACAAGAGGCUCAAAGACACACAUACCGAUUUUGGGAUACCCAGCCAGUGCCUAAGAUAGAUGAAAAAGUGACAUCAUAUGGUCCAAUUGAAUCAGAGUGGCUAAAAGUCAGAGAAGAGCCAUAUUCCCUGCCACAAGGAUUCAUUUGGGACACACUCAACCUAACCAACCAGGAUCAGCUGAGAGAAUUGAAGGACUUUCUGAAUGAAAACUACAUGGAGGAGGUGGUGGAGGAUAACAGACCUCGCCCUCAUUACUCUCCACAGUUCUUGCUCUGGGCUCUUUGUCCUCCUGGGUGGCGGUCAUGUUGGCAUUGUGGAGUCAGAGUAGACUCCAAUCAGAAACUUGUAGGAUUCAUAAGUGCCAUUCCUGCUACUAUUAAAACAUUUGAUACAGAGUUAAAGAUGGUAGAGGUGAACUUCCUGUGCGUGCACAAAAAACUUCGCUCAAAAAGACUGGCACCAGUCCUCAUUAAGGAGCUCACUAGACGGGUCCAUCAGCUGGGUAUAUCUCAAGCAGUUUACAGCACCAGUGCUGUCCUGCCAAAGCCAAUUGCGAGCUGUAGGUACUGGCACAGAUCGUUGAACACACGCAAGCUGAUUGAGCUAAAUUUUUCUUCUCUCACUCGAAAUAUGACAUUGCAGCGGGCUCUCAAGCUGAAUCGGCUUCCUGAGACAACGAAAACCACAGGCCUUCGCCCCAUGACUUUACAGGAUGUGCCAGUUGUUCAUGAUCUUCUAAAAGAACAUUUCAAGAUUUUCAAUCUCUCUACUGUUCUGACCGUGGAGGAUAUUGAGCACUGGCUUCUGCCUCAAGAUGGUGUUAUUGACACUUACGUUGUGAAGAACAUGGAUGAGACGGUAACCGAUAUGGUGAGUUUCUUCACACUUUACUCUACGGCUCAGGACCAUCCAGUGCAUAAAGUCUUAAAGGCAGCCUAUGUUGUCUACUGCAUCACCAAGGCCACCCCACUACUACAGCUAAUGGAAGAUGUACUUGUCAUCUGUAAAGGAAAGGGGUUUGAUGUGUUCUCUGCACUUGACAUAAUGAACAAUAAAGCCUUUUUGGAGCCACUUAAGUUCAGAAUGGGAGAUGUACACUUGCAGUAUUACCUCUACAACUGGAGGUGCCCGGACAUCACGUCUGACAAGGUUGGUGUUUUGCUGAAGUAAUGGAAUUUUGCACCAAGAGUGAGCAGUGAAAAUACAUAAGCAGAAAUGUCACACACAUUUGUUACAUAAUAAUACUAGAUAAAUAUUUC